AUGCGUGUGGCAGCAAUGGAGAAUUGGGGCUUAAUCAUUUGCAAUCAGAAACAUGUUGUUUACAAUGCUGAGAUCUACUCUGUUUCUGAAAGACGUCAGGUCACCGAUUUGCUCAGUCACGAAGUAGCACAUCAGUGGUUCGGGAAUUUGGUGACGAUGAAAUGGUGGAAUAAUCUUUGGCUUAACGAGGGUUUUGCCUCAAUGAUUGGAAUAAAAGCCGCUGAUCAUUCGGAGGGGAUCACAGUCAGAAUGAAUGAGGUGUCAGUUGAUUGGAAUGCUCGAGUGUAUCGUCAAGAUCAAACGGACCGAGCCACUCCACUCACCAUUCCCACAGGACAAAUCGUCGACCCGGAGCGGCAAUUCAACUUGAUUUCAUAUAAAAAGGCAGCCGGUCUCCUUCGAAUGAUCGAAUUCAUUGUCGGAGAAGAUAUAUUCCGAAAUGGACUCCGAAAAUACAUCAAAACGCACGAGUAUGGGAAUGGAGAUCACGAGGAUUUGUUAAGAGCACUUUCAAGUGUUCACGACAAUUCGGAAGCCCGAACGCACCUUUCCGAGCAGAAUUUCUCUUUAUCAAACGUUGUUGAGAAAUGGAUCUACCAGAAGGGAUUUCCGCUUGUGAAAGUAAAUAAACGCGGUGGUGAGAUCGACGUUUGGGAUGUCACUCAAGAGCAUUUCCAGCUCUACCCAUCAAAUAGCUCGUUGCAAUGGAAAAUCCCACUCUUUGCGCGCGAUCGACAAACGAACACCACAACGGUGCAAUGGCUGCUGGAAGAUUCGACAGUGGCAAUCGAUCUCACCGAUGAUCUUGUCUUGGAUCGAGAGGGGCGAAUGUACGGGAGGAUUCAAUAUGACAGUUGGACAUAUCAGCGGAUUAUCAAAGCGCUGCAAGAGGAUCACACAGUGAUUCCCGUUUCGGGAAGAAUUCGUCUCCUUGAUGACAGUUUCACUUUUGCUGAGAUCGGUCACCUCUCGUAUGGGGACGUGUUUCGCCUUGCGCUUUACCUUCGAUCUGAGAUCUCCUACAUGCCGGUGCUGAUCAGUGGAGCGCAUCUCGAGGUUUUCCAGAGUCGUUUCGUCACUCAUCCACAGAAUCGUGUGCUACAGGACUACAUCCAGUACCUCUUCAUCCCACUAUUCCACAAAUUUCUGGCCGAGCCGAUGAGCCAAGACAAUGUGCCGAUCUUCCAGGAUAAUCUUCGAGAGCACGUUUUUAUGCGAGUUUGUUUAACCGGCUAUAAGCCAUGCAUUGAUUACACGCAAAAACUCUUCGAGAAAACCCGGCAACAAUGCAAUGAUGCUCCGUUGAGUUCGAUCAACUGCAAUGUGAUACCGCAAUUCCUUCGAAUGCCCGUUUAUGCGUCGGCAGUACUUUACGGUGGCGAUGAAGCUUUCGAGUUUCUCUAUCGAAAAUGGAGAGCCGAAACUUAUCAGAUGGAACGAGAUCGAAUUUGGAGUGGAAUGGCGGCAAGUCGCAAAAAGGAGCACAUUCAUCGACUUUUCGAGGACGUUCUUUUUGAGUUCGGUCGUCGUGAAGAUUUCCGCCAUCGAUGCACAGAUCAUGGGAAAUUUUAUCCAAAAGAAAACCAUUUUCGAUCUUUCGUUUACGAGAAUUCGGAGAGAAUUGCUGAAAGAUUUACUCGAAACGAUCUCAUUUUGGGGUACAUUUUGGUGUGUUUUUCCCGAACAAUCUACGAGAAAGAUGAUCUUGAUUUGUAUCAACAAGUGGAACGGCGUCUGAAAAAUGCGAGCACCCGGGGAAUCCCCGAAUCAGUCAGCUUUAUACCGAAAUUCAUACAAGCACUCAAAUUUCGAGAGCAUUACGAGGGAAUGAUUUUCGGGAAUUUGACCGAAGUGCUCAAUGAGGGAAGGAUGGUGAAUAGUGGCAAUGAUACGAAAUUGGAAAGAGCAUAUUUCGAGAGCGCUGUGACAACGACGGAAGUGAAUCAAGUCGAAGAAAUCCUUGAGAAUCUCGUUAUCGAUUUGAGCUUAAUCAAUCCAAAAUCUUCUCCAUUUUCUUCGCAUCCAAUGAUGAAUGAUUCGAUAAAUCCG